UCAAGUCAAAGUAAACCAACUCGUUUCUUAUCUCAACAGACCAUCUUGCCACAGAAUCGGUUUUGUGAUCAUGCUCGCAGACCUAUCGUCGACGAGGUGUUCCAGGGUAGGGCAUACCACUUCUCCUGGUGCCAUAAUGGCGGCCGAUCCUACACAUGGUACGAUGCCAGCCAUCAUUGUCAGAGGCUGGGCAACGGCUUCCAGGCCGUUAGUAUAGAGCACCCGAACGAAGACAACUUCGUGGCUGGAGUUCUUAGAACAUACCAAAUGAGGGACAUCUGGACAAGCGGCACUAAGUUGGGCUCUUACCAGUGGUACUGGGAGACGGGUGUCUCCACUGGUUACACAAACUGGUCUAACACCGGCAGACUUGGAAGAAGUCAACCAGACAACGCAGACGGUAACGAGCAGUGCCUGGCUGUGGUGAACAGCCUAGGCGUCGGGUGGCACGACUCGCGCUGCAACACUCUCCGACCUGUAAUCUGUGAGACCGAGGCGUUCUACAGGCAGUAAUUCUGUAACGCAAUAUUAAUAGCCUUCGUAAUACAAGGUCUAGAUAAAUUGUAUA